AGGAGAUCACGAGUCGGACUUCCACCCAGGUUCUAUCGCACACACCACGAAGUCGCUGCAACUUUGAGUAGCAAUGUGACCAAGGACACUCAUGUCAGACACCGUGCAGAACCUCGGCUCCGAAUCAGAAAGCGCAACGCUUUCCAGUCCAUCAGCAAGUUCAUCGGAAAGAUGGAUUUGACCGUGGGACGUAUCGAACGCCAUCUGAAAUGGAAUAUGAAGCGCGACCCUUCAUCCAUGAUUUCCGCGUUCAAUUCACUUGCCCGUGCUGAAGCAAGAGCUAAAUUUCACUACGAAGAGAGCCAACGUAUCGGUCAACGAGUGUUCGUCGCCGAGAUCCUUACCAAAGGGCUUCGACCGGCAACUGUGAAAGCUCGUUACGAAACCACGGAAACGAUUUUCACAAAGCAUGGGCCACUUCGAAUCAAUGAGACUUCCGAGCCCAUCAAAACUACUUGUGAUGUAAAUAUUCCAGUUUGGAUUCGGGACACAGCGAUACCCAUCGACGACUCCAAUAUCACACUCGAGCAGCUGGAAAAUUCGGGAGCCGACAUGUGGCUGUCGAUCACAGAGAUACGUAAAUCUGAUCUGCAGGGGUGCAAAUCUCAAUACGGCGAGAGGGGCCCUAUCUGCAUGAAGGGUCACGACUAUGAGUGGCUCGCAUGUGGUUUCAUCCUGAAAUCACACAUUGCGAACAUAAUGCCUUACGAUGGAAAGCAACUUCACAAACAGAUGACCUUGAAAGUCAUACGAAGCCUUCGUAGCACGGACCGGUGGAUCUUCAACUGGCAUCGAAGGAUGUGGCUUCUCAACCCGAACAUGGCGAAUAUGGCCCAUUACCGCAUUGAAUUUACUAGUGAAAAGCGUCGACGAGAUGACGAUGACAAUGACGAGAAAGGAGACGUCCGGCAGCGACCACGUCUUAGUUAUAGUCCGAUCACGACUUCCUUCUGCAUCAGUCCGGCAGCCUAA